AAGAUGACUAGGGCAUAUGGCUGAGGAGUCCUGUAAAUGCAAUGGCUGGAAAAACCCCAACCCCUCUCCCACGCCCCCCAGAGCCGACCUGCAGCAGAUCAUCGUCAAUCUCACCGAGUCCUGCCGGAGCUGCAGCCACGCCCUUGCUGCUCACGUUUCCCACCUGGAGAAUGUGUCAGAGGAAGAGAUGAACAGACUGCUGGGAAUAGUGUUGGAUGUGGAAUAUCUCUUUACCUGUGUCCACAAGGAAGAAGAUGCAGAUACCAAACAAGUUUAUUUCUAUUUAUUUAAGCUCUUGAGAAAAUCUAUUUUACAAAGAGGAAAACCAGUGGUUGAAGGGUCUUUGGAGAAGAAGCCUCCAUUUGAAAAACCUAGUAUUGAGCAGGGUGUGAAUAACUUUGUACAGUACAAAUUUAGUCACCUGCCACCCAAAGAAAGGCAAACAAUAGUUGAGUUGGCAAAGAUGUUCCUGAACCGUAUCAACUAUUGGCAUCUGGAGGCACCAUCGCAGCGGAGACUGCGCUCUCCCAACGAUGAUAUUUCUGGAUACAAAGAGAACUACACCAGGUGGCUGUGUUACUGCAAUGUGCCCCAGUUCUGUGACAGUCUGCCUCGGUAUGAGACAACCCAGGUGUUUGGGAGAACGUUGCUUCGCUCAGUCUUCACUGUGAUGAGGCGACAGCUCCUGGAACAAGCAAGACAAGAAAAAGACAAACUGCCUCUUGAAAAACGAACUCUAAUCCUCACCCAUUUCCCAAAGUUUCUGUCCAUGUUAGAAGAAGAAGUUUAUAGUCAAAACUCUCCUAUCUGGGAUCAGGAUUUUCUCUCAGUCUCUUCCAGAACCAGCCAGCUAGGAAUCCAAACAGUUAUCAGUCCACCUCCUGUGGCUGGGACAGUUUCAUAUAAUUCAAAUUCAUCUUCCCUUGAGCAGCCGAAUGGAGGCAGCACCAGUCCUGCCUCCUGCAAAGCCUCCUCUGGGCUUGAGGCAAACCCAGGAGAAAAGAGGAAAAUGAAUGAUUGUCAUGUUCUGGAGGAGCCCAAGAGACCCCGCGUCAUGGGGGAUAUUCCUAUGGAAUUGAUCAAUGAGGUCAUGUCAACUAUCACAGACCCUGCUGCGAUGCUCGGACCAGAGACCAAUUUUUUGUCAGCACAUUCAGCCAGGGACGAGGCGGCGAGACUGGAGGAGCGCAGGGGUGUGAUUGAGUUUCACGUGGUUGGCAAUUCCCUGAACCAGAAACCAAACAAGAAGAUCCUGAUGUGGCUGGUGGGCCUUCAGAACGUGUUCUCCCACCAGCUGCCCCGAAUGCCGAAGGAGUACAUCACGCGGCUGGUCUUCGACCCGAAACACAAAACUCUUGCGUUAAUUAAAGAUGGCCGUGUCAUUGGUGGUAUCUGUUUCCGUAUGUUCCCAUCCCAAGGAUUCACAGAGAUUGUUUUCUGUGCUGUCACCUCUAAUGAGCAAGUCAAGGGCUACGGAACUCAUCUGAUGAAUCAUUUGAAGGAGUAUCACAUAAAGCAUGACAUCCUGAACUUCCUCACAUACGCAGAUGAAUAUGCAAUUGGAUACUUCAAGAAACAGGGUUUCUCCAAAGAAAUUAAAAUACCCAAAACCAAAUAUGUUGGCUACAUCAAGGAUUAUGAAGGAGCCACUUUAAUGGGAUGUGAGCUAAACCCACAGAUUCCAUACACAGAAUUUUCUGUCAUCAUUAAAAAGCAGAAGGAGAUAAUUAAAAAGCUGAUAGAAAGAAAACAGGCCCAGAUUCGAAAAGUCUAUCCUGGACUUUCAUGUUUUAAAGAUGGAGUUCGACAGAUUCCUGUAGAAAGCAUUCCUGGAAUUAGAGAGACAGGCUGGAAACCGAGUGGAAAAGACAAAAGUAAAGAGCCCAAAGAUCCUGACCAGCUUUACAGCACACUGAAGAGCAUCCUCCAGCAGGUGAAGAGCCAUCAAAGCGCUUGGCCCUUCAUGGAACCUGUGAAGAGAACAGAAGCUCCGGGAUAUUAUGAAGUUAUAAGGUUCCCCAUGGAUCUGAAAACCAUGAGCGAACGCCUCAAGAAUAGGUACUACGUGUCUAAGAAAUUAUUCAUGGCUGAUUUACAGCGAGUCUUUACCAAUUGCAAAGAGUACAACCCCCCAGAGAGUGAAUACUACAAAUGUGCCAGUAUCCUGGAGAAAUUCUUCUUCAGUAAAAUUAAGGAAGCUGGAUUAAUUGACAAGUGAUUUCUCUUCCCUUGGCUUCUUAGAAACUCAUCAAACUGUGUGCCUAAAGCAAGGUGGCUUAGUUUUUUUAAAAAGAUCUGGACAUAAUGUGUUGAAGAGACUUGUAAUAAUUAGCACUUUUGAAAAACAAAAGACCUCCUUUUAGCUUUUCAGAUAUGUAUUUAAAUCAAAGUCAUAGAACAUUUUUAUUUUAUGGAAUAGAUUUUAAUCUAUUUACUACUAUUAUGAAAUUUUGUACGGCAUGCCCAUUAGCCAGCUAGCCCAUGAUAGGUGAUCAGGGGUUUCCUCAAAACCUGUAUGUAAGGAAAUUGCACAUCGUACCAAGAUUUGGGGGAAAUCUAGAAAAUUUUCAGACCAUGAAUGUUUCAAUUUUUUUUUCUAAUGGAAUGUGAGAGUUUAUUUUUAUUUUAUUCUGAAGGACUUUACAGAAGGGAUACAUGAUAAAAAGCCCGUAAAAGUGAAAUAUGUGAUGUUUAAAGUCUCCUUAUAGACUUUAUAUAUAUAUUUUUAAAACACUCAUCUAGAUGAGGUGCUUU